GCUCAGAGAUGUUUAUAAAGUCGGCCAUGAAAGGUUAAACGAGAUAAUCAGAUGAAAUCAGAAACAUGUAAUUUACGUUAACAACCGUUGACCUGGCAGUGAAAUUGAGAAGGGCGAGUGUUAUUAUGAUCUGUCCAUGGCAACGACGGUAAAGACAAGACUCUCGUUCUACUUUGUCUGGUAUGUAUUGCAGACAAUAACAUGCAUCAUUGAUUCCUUAUUUAACCAUACAACCACAACGAACUGCAUUACAGAGUACAUAUCUUCCGAAGUCCAGGGUUCGAGUCGGGGGAAUGGGCAAAAUUUUGAGAAAAAUAAGCCUGAAACUGUUGACGCGGGAAGAGAUGGCGUAAGCGCGUGGAGAGACUGCGACUCUUUCGCCAUGGAAUUUGUCAAUUCAGACUUGAGGAGAUUGAAUUGUAUGUGGCCGGCUAAGGUUGGAUUGUGAAUUUAUAUGAAGAGGAGGCAGGGGAUCAGGAAUGGAUGCUUGUUCUGCAGCUGGUUUUAACAAAUAUUUGAUUAAUUUGGGAAGUAGAAAAUAAGUACAGAGUCGAGGCUGAGGGAUCGAAUGUAGAGAAGUAGAUACUUGAUACGGAGUGCAGUGGCUUUUGUUUCUGAUGGACACGUACGAAGGAGAUGUGGGGUUCGAUCCGCAAAAGUUGCUGAAAACAGCACUGGAUUCGAUUCCGCAGGUGGUUGCAGAGACUUUGUCGACCAAGGUAUUUUCGACCAAAUGGCAGGCGAUCAGAACAAAGCUGGAGGAGCUCGGGACUACGUUGGCUACUGUAGCGGAUUGUCCUCACUGGGCGGAGAAUUCGUUGAUGAAGGAGCUUCUUCCUCGGGUGGUGUCGAGCCUGGAUGAAAUCAGAGACCUGGCUAGAAGCUGCACGGCUCUUAACUUCAGCGGGAAGCUCCUUAUGCAGAGCGAUUUGGAUGUGGUGGUGAGCAAGCUGAAUUUGCACCUCAGGGAUUCGGAUCUUCUGUUAAAGAGUGGUGUUCUGGGGGCAGAAUUUGAUGGUGCAGGGGACGGGGAGGAAGUUCUUCUUGUCAAGGAUGUGUUUGCCAGGCUGCAGAUAGGAAAUACAGAGCAGAAAGACAAGGCGCUGAGUGCUUUGAUAAAGCUUCUUGAACAGGACGGGCAGAGCGUUAUGAGCGCCGCCAAGGAAAAGGAUAUUGGUUACCUGGUGCAUUUGUUGGAUUCGAAUGUGGCGGUUCUAAGAGAGCAGUCUACGGUUGCGGUUUCGAUUCUGGCCCGCUCUGAUAGUUGUAAGGCUUGUUCUCUUUUGGGCGAAGGGUCUGUCGUGGCGCCCCUGGUUAGGGUUUUAGAGAGCGGCAGUAGUCUGGCAAAGGAGAAGGCCGCAGAGGCUCUACAUGCGUUGACUGUGGAUAAUUCUGAGAAUUCAUGGGCGGUUUGUGCAAAUGGAGGGGUUUCAGACCUUGUCAAUGUGUGCCACUCUGCAGACACGGAGUUGCGGGCGACUGGGGUUAGAAUCCUGUCGAAUUUGUGGGCGGUGGAGGAAAUUAGGAUUGAAAUUAUAGGGGAGGGAGCAAUUCCUGUUUUGGUCAGUUUGCUGAAUUCAGGGGCGCCUCCUGUGCAAGAAUCCGCGGCGAGAUGCAUAGAUUUGAUGGCUUCUGAUGAUGAAAAAGUGAGGCAGAUAAUUGAGAGUAAAGGGGGAUUUGAAUCCCUGUUCCGGUUAUUGGAACGAGCAGAGAGUCUUCAGGCCAGAGAGAUUGCAUUGAGGGCAAUUCACAACCUCUCUACAUCACCCUCGGCUGAAAGAAUUGUAAUGGAUUCUCCUAAAUUUCUCAAGCUACUGGUACAGACUCUUGAUAGUGGAUACUCUGCACUUCAGAAUUUGGCAGCCGCGGUCAUCUGCAAUUUAUCUGGGUCAAACGAAACAAACAGGGUGUUGGGGAAAGCAGGGUGCAUUCCCCUGCUUGCAAGGAUGCUUGAUGGCAAAGCUGGUUCUUCUCAGGAAAUCGCUGCGCGGGCACUUUCCAGUCUUUUUCUCCUCAGAAGCAAUAGAAAAGAAUUCAUUAAAGAUGAGGUUGGUGUCUCUUGUCUGGUAGGGUUGCUCAAUCCUGAAAAUGAGACCGUGGCCAAGAAAUUUCCUCUUUUGGCAGUAGAGGCCCUCUCCAACAGCGACAGCGGCAAGAUAAAAAUUGUCCAUGCAGGAGGUUGCCAGCAUCUUGAGAAAUUGGCGGAGAUGGAAGUGGUUGGAGCAAAGAAGAUUCUAAACAAGAUAGCAGGGAACAGCAAAUUACUCAAAAUAUUUAGUGGGAAAUGGUUAAAUUGAAUUGCAGAUCGGCAUUGUACGAGAUUCGAAAGAGGAUAUCAAGAAUUUCUCUUUACCUAGAUCAGUGUAAUUUGUGGGAGAUUGGACAGAGGAAAUUGAUAAAUUAAGUAAUUAUGUGGCUGGGCAAUUCAUAGAGACAACACAUCCAGUGUUUGUGAUAUACACAAUAUUUUUUAUGCAAAUUAGCAUCACUUUUCAUUUGGUAAACAGCUAGCAAUCGCUCAAAGGCUCAAAAACCUGUAAAUAGUUGGCAAAGAUUACCUUGUUUCAAAACAGAUGUUUUGGGUAUGUUGACAAAUCAGUGGAAACUGUUGAGGAGUGUCUUAAUGGAGCACAGCUAUAAGAAACGUGCUUCCCACUAAUUGCCUUGCACUCAGUUAUCACAACUGCUCAACAGUUAUAACCUGGCUUUAUUGUUAUGGAAGCAAUCCAUUCCACAACCAAGUUGUCCAAGGGCUACUGGCAACAACUGUGAUUUGUUAGACAGAAUAAUGCAACGGUACUAGUACAAAGUGGGGUGAGUUAUGAGGAAUCAAAUUCUAGAAAUAAUGGCAACCGUAUAAAGAAAUACUUGCUUCAGUGAUUGGUUACAUGCUACAGCUAUUUUCUUGUAUGUAAAGCAUGCGUCCUAAAUAAUGAAAGUAAAAAUAAUUGAUUCAUUUGGUCA